AUGGAGAAUGAAAGUUCUCUUGUGCUUGAAGCAGAGGAGGAUUAUAUUGUGAGACCUACAAUUUUCCCAAGAGCUGGAUAUGGAGUCUUAGCUUUCCUGAUGUUCAUUAAUGCGUUGUUUUCAAUAUUUAAUAAUUUUUUGGUUAUUGCAGUAACCUUGAAGAACCCUCAGCUCCGGAAUCCCAUCAACAUAUUCAUUCUAAACCUCUCCUUUUCAGAUCUUAUGAUGUCUAUCUGUGGCACCACUAUUGUGAUAGCUACAAACUACCAUGGAUAUUUCUUUCUGGGACGGCGAUUCUGCAUUUUCCAAGGAUUUGCAGUCAAUUAUUUUGGAAUUGUUUCUCUCUGGUCCUUGACAAUUUUAGCAUAUGAAAGAUACAAUGUGGUAUGCCAACCUUUAGGAACCCUCCAGAUGAGCACUCAAAGAGGUUACCAGCUACUUGGUUUUAUCUGGGUUUUCUGUCUUUUCUGGGCUGUGGUGCCCCUCUUUGGCUGGAGUUCAUAUGGUCCUGAAGGAGUUCAGACCUCAUGCUCGAUUGGCUGGGAAGAAAGAUCCUGGAACAACUAUAGCUACCUGAUUGUAUACUUCCUCUCCUGCUUCUUCAUUCCUGUUUUGAUCAUUGGAUUUUCUUAUGGCAAUGUCAUUAGGUCAUUACAUGGGCUAAACAAGAAAAUUGAACAAUUGGGAGGAAAAAGUAAUCCUGAAGAAGAAUUUCAAGCUGUGAUUAUGGUCCUUGUGAUGGUGGUGGCAUUUCUGAUCUGUUGGUUGCCCUACACUAUCUUUGCUCUGACUGUUGUCUUUCAUCCAGCACUAAAUAUUUCACCUUUGGCUGCAACCAUCCCAACGUAUCUCUCAAAGACUAGUCCAGUAUACAACCCCAUCAUCUACAUUUUUCUGAACAAACAGUUUCGUGAAUGUGCAGUUGAAUUUAUAACUUGCGGCCAAGUUGUUAUAACAAGCGCAGAAGAAGAUAUUUCAACUUCAGCAGUUCCCAAUGAAGGCAUAGCACCAUGUAAGAUCAACCAAGUGACUCCUGUUUGAUAAGCAUUUGCCUCAAAUUCCAUUUAUUCAGUUGCAGCUGGAGAAAGAUACUAGAAGUAUGUGAUUCAUGCAAAAAGACA